AUGGCGAGCCCUGCUGGAAACAUCUCCUUUGAGGACUAUCUCGGCCUCUCUGGCUGCAUCUUCGAGUGGGCCGACAGCUACGACUCCAAGGACUGGGAUCGUCUCAGGAAAUGCAUUGCCCCUGAGCUUCGCAUUGACUACCGCUCCUUCCUCGACAAGAUCUGGGAGGCCAUGCCCGCGGAGGAGUUCAUCGCCAUGAUCUCGGACAAGUCCGUCCUCGGCAACCCCCUUCUCAAGACACAGCACUUCAUCGGCGGCACCCGCUGGGAGAAGGUUUCCGAGACCGAGGUCAUCGGACACCACCAGCUCCGCGUGCCCCACCAGAAGUAUACCGACGCCUCCCGCAAGGACGUUGCCGUCAAGGGCCACGCUCACAGCUACAACAAGCAUUGGUACAAGAAGGUCGACGGCGUCUGGAAGUUCGCUGGUCUCGCUCCCGAGAUCCGCUGGUCAGAGUACGACUUUGAGGCUGUCUUCGCCGACGGACGUGAUUCCUUCGGUGCUGAGGAGACUAUCGACAAGAAGAACAAUGUCUCUGUUGUCGAGAAGGAGCUCAAGGUUGCCGCUGCUGUCUAA